UCCAUUCAUAUCCUUGGUUUCAUUUUCUACUUUCUCUUCUGGACACUACAUUCCUUUUCCUCAUUAACCAUGGUUGUCAAGUUUCUCCGCAUCACGCCGGCUAUUUUGCGAAGACUCAACCAUUAUAUACCCCGUUCUACUGUUUGUCGAACCCUGCUGAGUGAUCCUAGCUUAAAGAUUGAUCAUUUUGCAAAGAGGAGAAUUUUUCAAGUGGAUCUGCUGGGUAAAGAUGGUAAAGCAAAGCUGGCGAAGAAAUUGCAGACAAUGUCAAGCUCGGAUGAGGCCAGACAUGCCACCCAUGACAUAGUUGAUCUCUUACACUGUGCAGAUGUUGAGGAUAUCCCCCUCAUUAAUAAUCUCAUCCUGUUAGUGAGCGAUCCAGAUGUUGUUCAGUCCCGAGCUUUCAACUUUGGGGUUACUUUAAUCAGACUUUAUCAUUUCUUGAAUUUACCAGAGGAGGCUCACAGUGUGUACAGCAAUCCGGAGUGCCUACUUCUAUUUCAAGAUGCCACAAGUCAUAAGGUUCUCAUGGACCUGAUGUAUAAGAACAAGCUGUUCACCCAAGUUGUGGAGGUUUAUUCAAUGCUGAAGCACUUCAACAUUGACUGUGUAACUCUGGUCCUGGGAGCUCUCUAUCACCUGAACACUCCAGAUUGUUUGGAAAAGGCUCAGGACAUUGUUAAAGAUGUCUGUCAGCAUCAUGUCCUGUCUCGUCGAGCAAUUAUAUUUGUGGCUUUACUGAGUUUGAAUCAGAAUGAACCUGACUUUGCCCUGGAGAUACUGAAACAGAGUAAAGAUAGUGUCUUGGUAACUAAUGUGAAGAUCAUGUGUCUAUCAAGACAAGGGGAUCUUAAAUCUACUUUUGCACAACUUGAAGAAGCUGUGGAAAUAUCAAAAAAUAUUACCAGACCUUUUGCUGCAAGAUUGUACAGUGAUACAAUGGGUGAGGUUCGUAAAGCUGUCAAGCUGCAUGGACUGCCAGAGGAUGCGAUGAAGUUGGAGCGAUUGGAGCAGCAACUGUCCUACAGAGGAGUCUUAAGUAUUCAAGUUACCACAUCCUUGAUAGAAAGGAUCAUUCCUGGAGUGGAGUACUUCAGAAAAGACACAGGGAAACCACCUAUAAUAAACAAUUCUCAGGCUGAUUGAAAAUUUC